CCUCUCAGGGCCAGUGCUGUGUGUUAUUUCCGCAUUUCUGCUGCCUAGGGUGAGUCAAGGAGGAAGCACAAAGUUUGGCCCAGAGCAGAGUGGAUGGGUGGAGCAGAGAGUUGAUGAAUGAACUUAUAUUGUGACCUCAGAGAACAGUAUGGAGACAUCACCUCUCAGCUCUCUGAUUUCUUCUCCCUUCGCCCACAGCACCCACAGUUCAGGGGAACCCCUCAAAUCCUACUCCAGCACCAUGAGUUUGGAGACAGACUCCAUAACCCACCUCAGUCCCUCAAAUUCAGGGACAACCCCUACCAUCCAGCCGAGCCCCAGCUCCACAGAUUCAAGGAUGAUUCCCUCCUCCCCACAACCAGAGAUAAUCACGCACCCUAGUUCUGGCUCCCCCAGUGCAGAGCUCACCCCCUCUUCCCAUUCCACCAUCCCCAGUUCCGAAUCCCUGACCUUGCACUGGAGCCCCACUUCCCACAGCCCCAGAACGGAGCCCUUGACCUCCACUGACCAGAACUUGGAGCCCCCUGGCCCAGCUCCAGGUGACACUAGGCCCCGUGAGUUACACAGGAACCCGAGCGUGGUGGUGGUCGUGUGUUUGCUGGUGUCUCUUUUGCUCAUCGGGUCUGUGGUCAUGGCUGUGAGAUUUUGUCACCGGGAUGAGUCCAAGUUUGAGAACCUGGACGAGGUGUCCAUGGGAUCCGUGAAUGACAGAUUGUCCUUUGCCCACCACCUCCAGGAGUGAGCCCUGAGGAGCCAACAGAGAUGGGGGCAUGGAUGCGGCUGGGGUCCCUGGGGAG